GUGACGAAACUAGUCCCGUUUUGCGGUCCCGAUCACGGGACUCUCGGGGGGUUUUGAGCUCUGGACUUUUACUGAUAAGGCAACACUCGUGUUUGGAGGAGAUGGACCAGGAUCAGAUCCAGGACCAGAUCCAGGACCGGGGUCAGAACCAGGACCCGGAUCAGAUCCUUGAGAAGCCAGAAGUGAAGCCCGAGGAGGAGUGGAUCACGCUUGCACAGGACCAGGAUCAGAACCAGGACCCGGACCAGAUCCAGGACCAAGAUCAGGACCAGAUCCAGUACUGGGGUCAGGACCAGGAUCAGGAUCAGAUCCAGGACCGGGGUCAGAACCAGGACCAGGAGUCCAGCGGGACCAAAGCGGACUCUUCCUCCGCUGGUCUGCAGAAACAUAAAGCCAAAGAGAGAACCACAAGUUACUGCUGUGAUAGGAGGGAUAAAGUCCUCACCACUUCACCAGGUCUGAAGGUCCGAAAGACGAUUACUGAAGAGAAGCUGUUCAGCUGUGAUCAGUGUGGGAAAGCUUUUACCCAACAAUGUAAUCUAAGCCGUCAUCAGCGUAUUCACACUGGAGAAAAGCCGUACAAAUGUGAUCAGUGUGGGACAGCUUUUGCUGAACAAGGUAAUCUAAGGCGUCAUCAGCGUAUUCACACUGGGGAAAAGCCUUACAAAUGUGAUCAGUGUGGGGUAGCUUUUACCAUGUCAGGUCAUCUAAGGAGUCAUCAGCGUAUUCACACUGGAUUUAAGCCGUAUAAAUGUGAUCAGUGUGUGCAAGCUUUUACCACGUCAAGUAUUUUAAGACGUCAUCAGCGUAUACACACUGGAGAAAAGCCGUACAAAUGUGAUCAGUGUGAGGCAGCUUUUACCCAACAAGGUCAUCUAAGGAGUCAUCAGCGUAGUCACACUGGAGAUAAGCCUUACAGAUGUGAUCAGUGUGAGGCAGCUUUUACCAAACAAUGUAAUCUAUUGAGUCAUCAGCGUAUUCACACUGGAGAAAAGCCUUACAGAUGUGAUCAGUGUGGGGCAGCUUUUACCGAACAAGGUAAUCUAAGGAAUCAUCAGCGUAUUCACACUGGAGAUAAACCUUACAGAUGUGAUCAGUGUGGGGCAGCUUUUACCGAACAAGGUAGUCUAAGGAGUCAUCAGCGUAUUCACACUGGAGAAAAGCCUUACAGAUGUGAUCAGUGUGGGGCAGCUUUUACCCAACAAGGUACUCUAAGGAAUCAUCAGCGUAUUCACAUUGAAUAAAAAAAUUGUCUGUGAUUGUGGGGCAGCUUUUACUUGGAGAGCUCAGUUAAAGGUACCAAUUUAGACAUGUUAUAUUGUCCUGAGAAUAAAAGAAAUCUGGCGUUUUGUUUUCAGUUUUAACAAAAAAAUGUGUUUAAAUUAGAUUUUUCACCAGUUUAUGUUCCAUUGUUACAUCAUUUAAAUAAAAAACAUUCUUUGUUUUCAUGCUGGAUUUCAAACUCACAACAAGAAAUAAGUGACAUGUUAUGUUGUCCUGAGAAAAAAAGAAAUCGGGAGUUUUGUUUUCAGUUUCAACUGAAAAAUGUGUUUAAA